ACGUCAUCGGCAGCCCGUCGCCGAGGCGCCAGACUCAAACAGACAGAAUCGAGGACGCGCUUCAGAGCGAACAGAGAAGAUCCGAGUUUUAAACUAUUAUUACGGAGCGAAGGGAAGCUGGAAACAUCCACCUGCCACCUUCAGCUUUCAUCCAGUCUCCACCAUGAAGACCUCCAAGCCAGCUCGUAAGGCUGCUGCCCAAGAGGAGUGUGGUGUUUGGCUGGACACUGUGCAACUUAAAGGAAAAGCUAAACAGAAACGUCUUGCCCGUCGUCCCAUUUCCAAACUGCUGAACCCCUUUGCUGAAGCUGGGGGAUAUAGUUUGGCUGUGGCUCUCAACUUCACCCAGACUAAAAUGGAAAUGCCAAAAACCAAACAGAGCUCUAUAUCAGCCUUCUUCACACCUCAACCCAGAGAUCUUAAUGAGAAGUCCGCCUCUGACAAACCAAACAUGGAUCCAAUGCAGUCCUCCUCCUCAGCAUCCACCUCAACUGCUCCUGUUGCAUCAGGGACAAAACGAAGACGAGGAGCACAUCUUGAAAACUCUGACUCUGAGCCUGGUGUGGAUAAAGAGUGGGAAAGUGAAAAUGUGACUGAGCCUGAGGAAACAUUGUGGCUGGAGCAAGGUGAAACAGCCCUAACACAGAACUCGUACUGUCAGUCUGAGGAAGAGCAGCCCGAGGAGUUAAACCCACCUCAGAGUAAGAGGAGGUUCACUGACACCUCCUUUUUACCAGAUGACAGUCAGCCUCUUCCACAGGCAUGGAGCCAGGACCCACUGCUCACCUACAGCCAAUAUUCUGACAGUGAAUCUUUCCUGAAUAAUCAGAAAAAUACAACAGAAGAGAAUUUUAGUGACUGUUUCCUAAACAGUCUAAAAAGUGAGGGCGACUUUGGAUUGCAGAUGGAUCGGAAGGGAAAAACCUCGACUCAAAAAUCCUUCAAAAAUUCUUAUUCUUCUCAUUUGGAGGAUGAGAAAGAAAACAGCAGGUAUUUGUUUUCUAAGUCUCCUCGUAAGCACUCAACUUUCUCUCAUAUUGAACCUGUUUCAAAUAAUAAACGGACUGAAGCAAAAACUGCAUCACCCCGAAAACACAUCAGAGAUCAACUGUGGAAAAGAACUGAUGAUGAUGAGAGCAGCAUCUCACAAUUCAAGUGGACAAAACCAAGUAGUGCAAACUUUAAAAAACCAGCACGAAAGCAGCAAAGCAGCGAAGCUGAUGAGGACAGUCUGUCCAUGUUGUUUACCCAGGACUCUGAAGGCUUCAGGGUGAUAGCACAUAGAGUCAGGAGUCCACUCAAAGAUCCAAGUAACUUCAGCACUGGGGUUGUGAGAACUAGUUCUUACAAGUCUUCAGUGGAGGAGGAGGAGAUGCUCUUUACUCAAGACUCUCAGGGAAAUAUGGUGAUUAAACACUGAUGAGUGCAUUUGAAACACCAGCAGUCUAACUGUAUGUGCACAUUUUUAAUACUAAAAAGACUUUUCAUGACUUUGCUCCUUUUCCAGUUUUUCAUGUUGAAAUUUGUUUCUGUGGUACUAUAUGUAUUUUUUAUAUUUUUUAAUCUGCAUGACACUGAGAUGUCCCACAAGGUGCAACUUCUUUUAGCAAUUAGAAAAUACAGUUUCUGAAGAAAUUGCGGUGGCACUGCUGGCUUGAGCUGAAGCUAGUUAUAAUCUUGAGUUUAAAGUCAAGUAUCAGUUUACAUCCAUGUCUCUCCAGAUUAUAUGUAGCGAAGACUGUGAAGAACCAAAUUAAAUAAGUUGCAUAAAAAGUGACCUAUACUCUGCUGUGAUGAAUAUCUGCUAUAGUAAUGCUUUUGAUUUCAAAAUAAAUGUUCAAAUCACACCAA